AUGUUUUAUUAUCCGAACGUGCUUCAGCGUCACACGGGCUGUUUCUCUACUAUUUGGUUGGCAGCCACUAAAGGCAUCAGGAUUUCCAGAAGAGAGUAUCUCAAGGUAAACGUCAACAGAACAUGUGAGGACAUUGUGGAUUAUGUGAUGGUCCAGGUUCCUCCUGUCCACUCCAGUCUUCCUCGGCCCCGUUUCUCUCUCUACCUGUCCUCUCAGCUGCAGUAUGGUGUGAUCAUUGUCUACCAUAGACAGUGUGCUUUUUUGCUGGAGGAGGUCCAGCAGACCAUCGAGCGGUUGCUUCGCUCAGAGAGACACUUGCGCAUUGACAUGCCGGACACUGAUAGGUUGGUGCUGAAUGUGCCUGACUCUCUGUUCCAGCUGGAAGAGGGAGAGUGGGCACUGGAACCGUUCUUUGGAGUGAUGGGUGUUGAAUGUGAGCUCCCGAGUCCCUACAUGUUACAACAGCCGUUCAUGGAGGCUUCAUCUCCUCUGGUGGCCAGAAUGGAAAUUACAGCGCCUAAAGGCCUCAUUGCUUCUCCUGAAUCAAUCACCAUCAAAGACGCAGUGCCGGUGCCUGUGCUUUCAGCUGAGUUUGGUGGGGCAGAGUUACCUGAGGCCACAGCCCAUGAGAUCGACAUGCUCAUGGAACAACAAGAUCAGUUCCACCUUGGAGAUGAGGAAGACAGGGAGAGGGAGAGGGCUACAGAGAUGGAGAAAUCAGGAGAGAUAGAGCCGGCUAUGGUCUCUAUAGAACAACUGAAGAAUAGUGCAUGCAUCGUGGACGAGAGGACUGGACGUCCUACAGAGGUCACCUUAGAUAGGGUCGCUAUGGAGAUUACCCCUCCCCCCUUUACCAUGCCACCAACCACUGAGGCCAGCGAGAGAGACGUAGAGCAAGCACAUGAGAUGGAGCGCUCCAGCGAGACCCUGUUAGUGGAAGAAUCUGUGCCUUCAAAGAGACGAGGUCGCAAACGACAACUGAUCUUUGCCGACCAACACACACAGAUACCCCAGGAUGCAAUGCGACAACAAAUCAACAACCCUCUGAUUGAAACUCAUUCUUUGUCUGAUGUACUCCUACGUUUUCCUGCCUCCUGGAAGGCAUCAGCAGAAGUUCUGCUCAGCACGCCGUGUAACUUGCUCAUUCACCCUGACCUCCAGUCUCUGUGGAAAUGCCGCAGAAUUCCUCCCACCCUCCCCCGUUCCUCAAGAAAAUGUCGGGCACAGGACGAGAGUGAGCUGUCAGAAAUGGAGAGAGAAAGAGGGAUGGUAGAAAAGGAGAGGAGCAGGGAGUCAAGUAGAGAGGUGGUCAGGGAGUCUGGUGAGGCUGCUCUGGUUCUGUCUGAGCUCUCAGCAAACUCUGACGUGCUGCUGGAUAUGUCUAAAGGAGACAGGUCUCAGAGUGUCAUCAUCACUCCUACCGGCAGAUGGUCUCCUGAAGAGGCUCCUGUCUCUAUGGAGGUGAUCUUAGAGGAGAAUGUUGAACUGCCACAUGGAGAGACAGAGGCUGAGAUAGGAGACAUCGCCACCUCUGAGCUCCUCAGACUGAUCAUUGGUUUCAUCAAUCGCUUUGGAAAGGUCUCAUUUCACUCACUGCUGCCCCCAGAGGCUGAGCGAAGUACUGCAGCUCAUCUGUUCUACAAAAUGCUGGAGCUGAUCUGUGCUCGAAAGAUAAGUGCAUAUCAGACUGAACCGUUUGGAGCCAUCACCAUUACCAUGCACCACUGAAGAAGACACACUAAAAGUGUACUUCAAGUCAAC